AUGUCUCAACCGAACGCAUCUAAUGGAGGUGCUGAAGAUGGGUUGGACAUGAACGUCGGUCCCGCCUGGGCCAAAGGGUACACCGGCAAGGGUGUAGUGGUGUCGAUUCUCGACGAUGGUAUCCAAACCAACCAUCCGGAUCUCAUUGACAACUAUGUGACCUUCGCGGUGGCAUUAGGCGGUCGUCAGCGGUUUUCCAAUAUCUCAUGCGUACUACAUUGUCGCAGAUGA